AUGCUCUAUCAAAAUCCAAUCUUUUGCCUACAGGCUUUCCACAGGGAGCUGUCACAAGCUGCACUCUUUGCCUUCAUCAAUGACAUAGCCGAAUUGGUACAGAAAGUCACGGAAAUCAAGUGCUUAAUUAAUGGAGAUGGUCUUGUUCUAUGGUAUUUCGCCAAUAAGAUAAACGCUCAGGAGAGGACAGAAAGUGCCCUAAAUUGUGCACUUAAACUACUAUGGAAUGGUUAUCAGUACCGCAAAAACUGCAUUCCAAAUUUUUUCCUUGGCCCAUCACAGCAUAAACCUGCUUCUAAG